CAAGCCGCGUAUGCUCCGGCCGGCGCUGCCCGGCGUGGCGCAGGGGGUGGGCGCAGAGCGCAUGCGCGGGGUGUACCCGCGGCUCCCGGCUCUGGCGGCCAUGGAGCGGAAAGUGCUGGCGCUGCAGGCUCGGAAGAAGCGGACUAAAGCCAAGAAAGACAAGGCCCAGAGGAAACCUGACACUCAGCACCGGGGCCCUGCUGCUCAGUCAGAGAAUGAGCUGCCAGAGCAAGAGGAGGAGAUCCUGGGAUCCGAUGACGAUGAACAGGAGGAUCCGAAUGACUACUGUAAAGGUGGUUAUCACCUUGUGAAAAUAGGAGACCUCUUCAACGGACGCUACCAUGUGAUUCGGAAGCUGGGAUGGGGCCACUUCUCCACUGUGUGGCUGGCUUGGGAUAUCCAAGGGAAGAGAUUUGUGGCAAUGAAGGUGGUGAAGAGUGCAGAGCACUACACAGAAACAGCACUGGAUGAGAUCAAGCUGCUAAAAUCGGUCCGCAACAGUGAUCCGAACGAUCCAAGUAAAGAGAGAGUUGUGCAGUUAUUAGAUGACUUCAAGAUUUCAGGGGUUAAUGGUUCACAUAUCUGUAUGGUGUUUGAGGUUCUAGGACAUCAUCUCCUGAAGUGGAUCAUCAAAUCAAAUUAUCAGGGGCUUCCACUGCCUUGUGUCAAAAAGAUCAUCAAGCAGGUUCUCCAGGGUCUGGACUACCUGCACACCAAGUGUCGAAUCAUCCACACAGACAUCAAGCCUGAGAACAUUCUGCUGUGUGUCAACGAUCAGUACAUCCGCAGGCUGGCUGCAGAGGCCACGGAGUGGCAGAGGUCUGGGGCUCCUCCACCAUCUGGCUCUGCAGUGAGCACUGCACCACAGCCUAAACCGGCUGACAAAAUGUCAAAGAACAAGAAAAAGAAGUUGAAAAAGAAGCAGAAACGCCAGGCUGAGCUGUUAGAGAAGAGGAUGCAAGAGAUAGAGGAGAUGGAGAAGGAAGCAAGUCCUGGGCAGACACAGCCUGAAGAGGAGGAAGAAGCUCAGAGCCCUCUGGAAAUGCUUAUUAAAGUGAGCCCACCAGAGGAAAAUGUCAGCAAAAAUACAGCUGAGGUGGUUGCUCAGGAGCAAUCUAUUCUGAUGGAAAGCAGCAUGGAAAAAUGCAUGACAGAAAUCAACUGCAAUGGAGUGCUAGCAAUGACAGACUGCCCAGCCUCCAGCAACCAGGGCUCCGUGCGGCUGCAGGACGACCUCCACAACGCCAAUGACUGCGGUGACCGCUCUGGCGCCCAGGAGGAGGAGACCUUCCACAGCUGCCACUGCGGCCAGCAGAACGGAGAGGUGGAGAACAGGCCUCAGGAAGCGAUGUCGGACUCGUUGGUGCCCUUGGCCUCAGAAGAUUCCAUGGUGUGUCAGCCUACCUCCCACGAGGAGCAGAUGAACCACUUGCAGGAGAGCAUCCGGACAGAGACCCCCUCAGAGGAUGAGAAUGAGAAUAACAACCCUGCAGACAACAAAGGAAAAUCAACUGCUGGGAAUUUCCUUCUUAAUCCCCUUGAGCCCAAGAAUGCAGAUAAGCUCAAAGUGAAGAUAGCUGACCUAGGAAAUGCCUGCUGGGUGCACAAGCACUUCACUGAAGACAUCCAGACCAGGCAAUACAGAUCCUUGGAGGUGUUGAUAGGGUCAGGGUACAACACCCCUGCAGACAUCUGGAGCACAGCCUGCAUGGCCUUUGAGUUAGCAACAGGAGACUACCUGUUCGAGCCUCACUCUGGGGAGGACUACUCACGGGAUGAAGAUCACAUUGCAUUGAUCAUAGAACUUCUGGGGAAGAUACCUCGCAAGCUCAUCCUGGCAGGAAAAUAUUCCAAGGAGUUUUUCACCAAAAAAGGUGAUCUGAAGCACAUCACCAAACUGAAACCUUGGGGCCUUUUUGAAGUCUUGGUGGAAAAAUACGAGUGGUCCCAAGAGGAGGCAGCUGCAUUCACAGACUUCUUAUUGCCUAUGCUGGAGCUGAUCCCGGAGAAACGAGCUACAGCAGCAGAGUGUCUCAGGCACCCCUGGCUGAACUCCUAGAGGCUUCGCCCCAGCGCUGCUGCAGCACUACUCUGGUUUACAGCAUAGCCUCCAUGCACCCAGCUGCCCCUCCCCACAUCCAUCCUUCCCUUGUUCGUUUUCAGUGUGAAGUUCUUCCUUCAAGGCUUCCAAGGGUUUUAGAUAAACCUGAGCUGUUCUGCUGAGAUGGUUUGUGUGACUCCAUGGGGACUCUCCUCAGCCGGUGGGCAUCAUCUGUGUUUGCCUUGAUGGGGCUUCUCCAAAGACUUCAUUGCCUAGGACAUGAGGUUUUUCCUGAGUUUCCUCACUGUUACACUCCUUGUGUUCCAGGUGGGAGCUCACCUGGGCCCAGAUAAGCUCAAUUUCAUCUCCUCAAGGGGGAUCUGAGGAUCCAAACACCUCCUUAUCUCACUGACUCAGGAGCCAAUUUCCACUGUUGAUCCAAUAGGUAGAAUGGGGUGAGAAUAACAGAUGGCACCAAGGUGGUGUUAGUUCCCUGUAGAGCAAUGACCUCCAAUCCUCCACCACUUCCUAGGUGUCUGCUGUAUCCUUUGCUUUCCACUCACAUAACUUCUUUUUAGAUCUAGCUGCUUAAAUCCUUUGAGAAGAGCUAUCGAAACCUAGGUUUUAGUAUCCUUUCUUUCUCUCUCCAAAGUGCCCUGCCCCUCUUCCCAUCCCUGUGCCCAGAUAGCCAGAAUAGCUUCUGAUCUUGGUGACAUUUUCUACUUCAGUGCCUGUGCCUAGAAGGUGGCAAGCAACAUGAGCAAAAGCUGGCACUGACUGGACACACAACCUCCAGCGUGCAGAGGUGCACCCUGUGGCUGCGAGGAGGUGGCCUUGAUGCAGGCAACUCUAACUCUUCUCACCUGUUAGUGAGCUCUGAGGUUUUAAUUUUAUCCCUUACUGGCACUUUUUUGCCUUGCUUGAGGCAGUUGCUGUAGCAGUGAGAGCUUGGCUUUUACUGAUGCAGUCUACUCUGUCUCUUAACUUUAGUCCCUUGCUUUUUCCCAAGGAGAGAGUGGCAGCAUCUCUGUCACCCCCAGGCUAGAGCCCUUGGCCUUCAAAAGCAACACUUGAAGGCCCAGUGUAAAGAUCUCUUUUCCUUUUAACUUGCUUCAGGUGCUGGCCUUCAGAAACAACUCUCCAGGAUGGGACUGCCUUUUGUUUUGUGGGCCAUGAGCACAAGGAGAGCUAGCAGAAGUGGAAGAGAAGUGACUUUUCCAUGUAGAUACUGGAUUAGAAGCUGAUUUUAGAGUUACCCUGAGUAAAAAAUGUUCUGUGGGGUUUCUAUAUGAACUUCUCAGAGGGGCUUGGAUGUGAGGAGUUAAUUUUAAUUGAAUCACUGUGGCAUUUGAUAGUUUUACGAUGGCUUCUUUUAGACUUGCCUGUCCUACUGCAGAUUACAUCUCACUCUAAAGCAAAAUUUGGCAGUGUUGAGACUUCAGAGGCACUUCCUUACCCUGGACCAAACAGGCCUUUGAAUUCGUGGUGGCUCUCAGAGGACAGAAGUUGCUGGAGGCCACACAGAUGUUAUCCAGGACAACGACAUUGCCAAAGCUGCCACGAUCACUGUUCUGUGUCGCUGUGUGUGUGUCUGGAAUUCCUGGUGUGUAAGGAUUGCUCAUUCAUAAACCUUGGUGUCAUUUGGUCCACUCAGAAAGGCUUUCUCCAGCCCAGGGCCUGAUGGGGCUUAUUAAUGCAAGUCAUGCUGCAUGUUCUUUAGGGGUAGAUCAGGUUCUCUAUGCAUAUAGUCUAAGAUUAAAGGAAGGUACCAUACCAAAAGAGCUUGACACUGCUGGUUUGACUUUUCCUUUCCCUUUAUCUGGAGCUUUCUGUUGCGUCUGACUUUCAUAUUUGUUACAGAGGCCUGGGGACAGGACUGGGUUCCACAAACACUGACUAUGUACUGUGAAGAUAAAUUGGCAGGGCAAACAAUUUCUGUUGUCUUGAGAGCUCACUUGGUCCUGUGUGCUUGCGACUGGCUGAUUGAAGGGCUUCUCCUAGAAGGGGUCUGCACACCUCAACUCUGAGUGCUCUGUCCCAUCCUUCCCUUCGCUCCACCACCCUGACUGAAGGAGGAGGAGAUGUCCUGCUGUGAUAGCCACAGCUUGAGUCAGCUUGUGAGUUGGAGAACCACAGCAGCAGCUGUCAGGGUUCAGUCUUGUCCCAUGUGCUCCUUCAGCUGAGGUCUGUUAACUUUCCAAAUUGCCGUAAAGUGCUCACACUAAAGGAUUUGUACUUGCUGUGUCAGUCAAAAACCUGAAGGAAAAUACAUUUUUAUUCUUUCUACUUGGGUGCUUUGUCUUUUUUCUUUGUGGAAGCCGUACAAUAAACAGUUUAUUUAAUAA